UUAUUAUCUUGAUGCUGCUCCUUUUUCUCUAUAUUAAUAAGAAGUUCUGUUUUGAAAAUGUUGGCGGGUUUCCAGAUAUUGGUUCAGAAUACAGUACAAGGAAGAAUUCACAAGAUAAAAUUUGUGUAGAAUAAAAAUUCAAUAGUGUUUGAGGGAAAAAUAUUGUCUUGCUGCUGUUAUAAUAGCUGUGGAGUGGGAAAAAAUGUCAUUAUGUUUAAACCAAAUGGUUUGAUUUUUUUCUUCUUUCGGAAGAGUCUUCAACAUAUUUCUUUCAGUGCAUAAUGUAUUUACAGAAAGAUUAAAAGCUGUAAUGUGAAUUGCUAAUAUUGAGCUGAUGAAUAGCAACAUUUAAGUAAAUGUUAAAUUCAAGUUCCAAAGUGGUUGAUAUUUUGAGAAGAGAAAAUUCCAUUAUUGCACCUUUUAGGAACGAGGAAUUAGAAAAUGGCAUUUUUCAGAAAUUUCCAACAGAAUCUGCCUUCAGUGUCCUCUCUGGUAGACACAAUCAGUAGUGCUGUAGAUGAUUUGACCACUACUGUUGGGGAGGUCAGCUAUGCUUUAACUGACUCAGUUGCAGAGCAGGUAACAAGUAUGAUAAGUGGCUUUCGCCCAGAAGAAGAAAACUCUGCAGCAGAAGAAACUGUAGAUACUUCUAAACCAAAAAAUGCCGGGUUAACAGAAGUCUCUCAAAACACUAAUUGUCAGAAAACACAAUUCAGUUUAGAGCACAGAGCAAAGCAAAUAAAUACUUGUAAUACUUCAGUUUCACAAAAGCAAGAUCAGGGAAUACGUGAAGAAAAAGUAUUUAAACAUGUUAAUGAUAGGCAGCAGACUCUACCAGAGUAUCAAGACACUGGUAAUAUUGGUGAUUCUUCUUCGAAAGGCUGCAUGAAUAAUGGUGGGAUAUCAGUUAUCAAACAGAAUACAACGGCUGGAUCUCCUUGUCAACAACUUGAAAGUACUGACAGAUGUAAAACAAUUGGACUAGGAAUUUCCAAUAAUGGUAAGAAUGAUUUAAAAGAGUUAGGAUAUCAAGAAAUGAAAGGAAAUCAGAAGAAUGCCAAUGGAAUAAACAAAUUGUAUGAGCAAAAGAAAUACGUUAGUACAGAUAAUCGUAAAAAGGAAGAAUAUACUAAAUCUCCACAUGUAUUUUUGGGAAGAGAUCAAGAGAAUAUGGGGCAUUUCAAUAAAUACAAGCAUCUUCCUGAUUUAGGGCAUUCAGAGCAUUUAAAGAAAGCUAAAAAAUGUAUUAAAAGUAAAGCAUCCAAAGGGAAUGAGUGUUCAGGAAAUGGAUGUUCUUUAAAAGAUAUUUUGACAAGCAAUAGGCAUAUGACACAGAAAUCCAUUGUUAAAGAAGACAUACCUCUAGCACCAUCAACUAAUUCUAAAGAUAAGUUAUCUGGGAAAAUUGAAGAACAAAUAAAUUCAAAGAAAUACUGCAAAGUGAAAGAAGACAUGAACCCAAAGAAAACUGGGGCCAUUUCUGCCAAGAAAGGAGCAGCAAAGACUAAAAAUGAAAAAUAUUCUAAUAUAAUGCCAGAAAAAGAUAAUUCUUACAUGGACAAAGAUGAGCAUGGUUCGUCCUCUGAAAGUGAAGAUGAAGCACUGGGUAAAUAUCAUGAGGCCUUAUCCAGAACACACAAUUCAAGACUACCAAUGGCAGAUUCUAGACAAAAGAACUAUGCUUGGGAAACAAGGCAGAAAUACAGUCCUCUAUCUGCAGAGUAUGAUGGAUACAGUAGUGAAGCAUCAAUAGAUGAAGGAAACUGCAUUCAGAGAAUGAGAAGAACACCCCCGCUGGAUGAAUUGCAGCCACCACCAUAUCAGGAUGACAGUGGUUCUCCCCAUCUGUCAUGUACACCCUCAGAAAUUGGGGACAGUAAAUGUGAAUUUUCCCACUGCAGCAACAGUCCAAGAUGCUCAUAUAACAAGUGCCCAAGUGAAGGAAGCACAGGUCAUGAAAUAGAAAGUUAUCAUAAUAAAGGAUAUGAAGAAGAUGUUCCAAGUGACAGCACUGCAGUCCUGAGCCCUGAAGAUAUGUCAGCUCAGGGAUCAUCUUCACAGCUUCCUAAACCUUUUGAUCCUGAGCCAGAAGCUAAAUAUGGCACACUGGAUGUGACUUUUGACUAUGACUCACAAGAACAGAAGCUUCUGGUAACAGUGACAGCUGUCACAGACAUCCCAACAUAUAACAGGACAGGUGGCAACUCAUGGCAAGUACACCUUGUUCUUCUACCUAUAAAGAAACAGAGAGCAAAAACCAGCAUCCAGAGAGGACCAUGCCCUGUCUUCACAGAAACAUUUAAAUUUAAUCAUGUUGAAUCUGAGAUGAUUGGAAAUUAUGCAGUUCGGUUUAGACUGUAUGGUGUACAUCGCAUGAAAAAGGAAAAGAUUGUGGGGGAAAAGAUUUUUUAUUUAACAAAAUUGAAUCUUCAAGGGAAAAUGUCAUUGCCUGUGAUAUUGGAACCUUCUUACAAUCAUUCUGGCUGUGACUCCCAGAUGAGCGUAUCAGAAAUGUCGUGUAGUGAAAGCACAUCCUCAUGUCAGUCUCUUGAACACGGCUCAGUUCCAGAAAUUCUCAUUGGCCUGCUUUAUAAUGCCACAACUGGAAGACUAUCAGCAGAAGUGAUAAAAGGCAGCCACUUCAAAAAUUUGGCAGCAAACAGACCACCCAAUGGACUGUUCUGUUGUCUAAAACACUUGAUAGGUGGACAGGUUUAUAUAAUCCGAGAUACAUAUGUUAAGUUAACUCUACUGAAUUCCAUGGGUCAAGAGAUGUCCAAAUGCAAGACAUCCAUCCGCAGAGGGCAGCCAAAUCCAGUAUACAAGGAAACUUUUGUUUUUCAAGUGGCCCUAUUUCAGCUUUCUGAUGUGACACUCAUACUGUCUGUGUAUAACAAACGCAGCAUGAAAAGAAAAGAGAUGAUAGGCUGGAUUUCUUUAGGUCUAAACAGCUCUGGAGAAGAAGAACUCAAUCACUGGACUGAAAUGAAAGAGUCAAAGGGACAGCAAGUAUGUAGAUGGCAUGCAUUGCUAGAGUCGUGAUGAAUAGAAUUAAGCAAGCAGUCACCAUCCAAGGCAGCAUAUUUCCAAUUACAACAUUACUGUUUCUACCAAGUCACCAUUAGAAGAGCUAUUCUUUGAAGAAUCUUACUCAACCUUCUACCAAAAUGCUUUAAGUUCUAUGGAAAGAAUAUCUAAUAGUGACAUAAAUGAAGAAAAUGUGUGUAUCUGGUAGAGCUUGUUUGGGAAACUGAGAAAUGUACAUUAUCAUUGCUAAACUAACAGUCCUCCAGAAAUUUAACAAGAUGUUUUUGAUUUGAAGUUAAUUUUAAUUUUGCAAGAGCCAGUAAUUUUAUGAAAAAUCAAAAUUAUAAGUGAUUUUAAAAACCAGAAUUUUAGUUGCAAUAUGAUUUUAAUAUCAUUCUACAUAUUAUUUAUAAAACAUAGUUUGACUGGCCAGUCCCUGGUGAUUGUAAUGUUCCUUAAUAUGAAAAAGUAGUUCUCCAACUCUAUCAUACGUCAUAUGUAAUGGUGAAGGGUUUCAGUCACAUUGAAAAUUGCUUUAUUUCAGACAUGUUCCCUUUGUGCACUUAGUUUCAUUGUGCCUCAGUUCCUCUCAGCACUAAAUCUAAGUGCAAACAAGUAUUCAUUUUCAUACAGGAAUUUUUUUAAUACAUUAUUUUUUUAAAAGUUCAUUUUUCAUUUGCCUCUGCUUUUGCCUGAUCCAAAGAGACCAAGUCACUGUACUGGUCCCUUGCAAGUCUUUUAGACAGGUUGUACUGUAGAACUACGUAACUUUCUGUUGAAAGCACUUCCUCUAUUCUUGUAUUCCAAUGUAGGAAGCUAAUAGAGCAGGACUUUACUUUAAAAUAUCUUUCAGUGAUUGACUCUUCAAAAUUGCAGUAAUGUGAAAAUACUUUUUUUACAAACUGAAAAUACAAUAGGUAAGCUGUUGAAAACGGAAAACAAUUCAGUCUUAAUUUUCUGCUCUGAGUAUUUAGUAACCAACACUGCGUAAAGCAGGUAGCAUCCAAAAUAAGAAACUGUUCUUUCUCUAAAUCUUCACUCUUACUUCAACUUGUAUUUGUGAUGUAAAGACUAUCCAGUUCUCAGUUUGAAUCGGAACAUUAUGUUAAAACAGUUCUGAAAUUCCUUAUGAAGUUCUAAUAGCUUGUGACUAGACUUUAUGAAAUUUACAGAUAAAGUUCUUCAACGUGAUGUCAUCUUGUGCCUUUCAUGUAAGUUAAAUUUGCUCAUACAGCUUGAAGGUUGUAUUUGCAAAAUUAAGCCUUCGAUUUUUAUAAAUGUAAAGAUUCCUCAGAAUAGUGUUGCAAGAUCUUUAUUUCCUCUGAAGUAUGAAAAACUUGUAUAAUGUGCUAAUAUUUUUAAUGGCAAGGCACUUCAUUUGUUUUUAUAUUUAGGAACUCUAAUCAGGAAUAUUAUAAGCUGUUUUCUUUUUAAUUUGCUUCUUACCUAUCAUUUUAUGCAUAUACUUUAUUAGAGUAUGUUUUAUAUAUAUUAAAAAUAGUUUCUUUUUUCUCUUCUCAUUUCUAGUUAAUAUAGACAAAUAUACUAUUUACCAGUUAUUAAAAAGCAGUAUAUCAUUGCUCCUAGUCCCAACUAAGUACUAUGUAUUAUUGUAAACUAGAACUUGUUAUUACCAUAAUAACAAAACAAUGCAUAGAUAUUACUCAGCUUGGCUGUACUGAAAGGCCUUAAAAGAAAUCCAAAAAGACCGUGAACUCCUAUAUUUUUUAGUUUAAAAAAUGGCAACUCUAUGCAUUCAUACACAUGAAUUAUAAGAAAAAAUGCAAAUACAUUGGAUGACAUGAGGUUUGAGAAUGUAUGUUACAGGGCUACAUUAAAGGGAAAAAUCCAUCUUUCGUUGUUACAUCAACGAGCUUUUACCAGGAUUUUUUAAAUAAACAAGGAAGAGUUAGAACCUGAAUCAAAUGGCAGAAUAUCUCAUUUAAGUGUUUCCAGCAACAGUAUGGAAAGACUUGAAGAGGAGAUAAAGAUUUUACUGAGAAAUUGGACUUAGGCAUUUGAAGCUACAGUGAUCUUUUUUGACUUUGAAAGAACUGACUCCAUUGCUAACAACUGUUAUCUGCCUAAUAAAAAGAGUUAUCAGUCUUAUUUGUAACUGUUACAGAGCUUAGUGAAACACAUCAGGAAGACCAGCUUGUUGCUUUCACCCUUAGUGAGAAAAAGACCCAACUCGUUAUUUGUUAAAUCUGCCUUUUUCAGACUAUGCCCAGAAUGGUGUGUGUGAUUUGCUAUAUCCAUAGGGAAUUAUCUGGUAUAAGUAUCAAAUCCUUCAUAGCCUAAAAAUUAAUCAAGAAUUUUUUAAUAUUUCAGAAGAGACCCUACCUCCACCCAAGCUGCCAAGUCCUCAAAGAUUAUAAAUUAUCUAUAUGGGUGUGUAUCUGUAUACACACAUGCACCUACAUACAUGCAACAUAAAUAUGUAUAGGUAUAUUCAUUUGUAAAGGUAAAGGUGCCCUGGCUUUUCAGAUAACUGAAUAGAAAAACAUUUCAAAGUUUAUGGUUAUUUUCUCCUCUGUGUAUUUACCAGAUAUUAAAUUUGGUUUGGGGUGCUUUCUGCUGCUGUUCUCCUUUAUACACAGCAAAAUAUACAUUUGUUUUUGUAGAUUGACACAACUUGUAGUAUUUACUCCCAAAAAGUUGUCUAUUCUUUUAGAAAAGGAUUAAGGCUCAGGGGACCCACUUCACUCUACUGAAUCUAAUGUACAAGACAGUACUACUGCUUUUUUGUGUGCUUGAAUUUGCAUGAAAGCUUAACAGCAAAAUCUUCUGUCUCAAUAAUUAUAGUAAAUAGGGACACACUGGUAGGGAGCUGAUGUUGGCUCAGAAACUUGAAAAAGACAACCCACUUUCAUAUUGUUCCAUUAAAAUCCCCCAAGUUUUCUAAUAAAAUGAUAUAGUCUAAAUAUAGCAAUUGACUGGCAUUUAUGGGAGCCUCUGAACCUGGAAUUAUGGGCUUUGUCUCCCAAAUGAGCUGCAAAAGAUAGUGAUUGCUGCCCAGGAACAAAAAUAUAUGACAAAUACAUUUGUAAAGAAUUUGUUUAGUAUAAUAUUGUCUUAUCUUUCAGAAGCUUUCUUCUGUAUUCUUGUGUCUUCAGUACAAUCCACAUUUUGUUUGAAAUCUAUUUGCAUAUUAUCUUACUGUGCAUUUAGUGAAUUCUCAAUAAUGUUGUAUUUGCUAACAAGAAUAAUGAAUCGGGCCACAAUUUAAAAAAAGAAAACCCAAUGAGAAAACAUCUAAGCUACCUGAUUAAUAUACAGGUUUAAAUGCAGGGACUGGUAAGGCAGUUUCAUCCAACCUUGUGAAGAGGCCCAGGGCUGUAUGUUAAAUCAUUUGCUUGAUACCCUCAUCAUUUUUAUUUCACUUAUCAACUGAAUCAGAAACAUAAUCAGUAACUGCAAAGUAAGAUAGUAUCAAUAGGGGAAAAAGGGGAAAGAAUUGAGAGCGUUUGUCAAUAUGAAGAUGAGUGGAGAGACUGAAUGAUAUCAUAGUCUUUCCAAUGAAAGAAAAAGUAGGCCAUCUGAAGGUGUAAAUUUUUAAUGGAGCAAGAACAGCAGUCACCAACAAAUAUUUUUCAACAUCUCUAUCCAGAUAUGGAUAGAAAGAACACAAAUUCAUUUGCAUAAAAUUACCAUUUGCCUACAUAGACUAGACAAUUCAUAGAGAUUUUUCACAUUGACAUUUACUAUAUUAUGUAUAUAGUUGUUCUAGUUUUCACUGUAUUAUUUCACAUUGAUGGUUUUUUUUUCCAAUUUUUUUUUCCAUUCACUGUCCCCAGUUCAUCUGUGACCUACAUUGAAGGUAGCUGUUGGUAUUAUUACCAACCAAACUUAAUAUUGAAUACAAGUUUAAGCAUGCUGCAAAGCAUUUUCUAAGGUUAAUUUUAAAACAUCAUCUCUGCCCUCCAAAGUGAUGAUAACAGCUAUAAUUUACUAAGAUGUAGCACAAUAAUUUAUUAUUUGCUUGAUUCUCAAAACAAUAUCACGAGGUAAGUAAUAUUAUCAACAUUUUAUUGAUAAAGAAACUGCAGCGUGAAGAGGUUAAGCAAACGUUCCCAAGGUCAUUCAAUAAGUAAGCAGUAGAACUGGGGUUGGAACUCAGGGCUAAAUUAUUCUAAAACCCAUGCUACCUAUGCAUGUUGCAUUUGCCUCCCUGUUUGAAAAAAAAACUACUUAGGACAUUACAUUUAUUAAUAAUCCCACUCACCUUGAUUAAAUGGCAGAACUAGGGGGGCAAAACAGCUGGGAAAAGAGAAAAGACAAAGAAGAAAAGAAGAUCAGAAUUUUUUUUUCUUCUCAGGACACAAAUGGUGGUACUUUUAUGUCAUUUUGUAGAUGACUUUGAUUUUUAAAUAUUUGGAAUUGAUUUAUUCUGCCAGUUUAGCCUAUACUUAUAUCCUGAAAGUAUAUUAAUCAGUUUGUUCUGCUCUUUGACCACUUUUGGGAAUCCAAGGUGUUUUAAUUAUUACAUGACCCCCUUACUACUUUAUGAAGGGCAUAACUUGUGUCUAGCCCAUAUCUCACUAUUAUCAGUGGUAAGACAAAAGAUUUGUCUUCUGACCUCUCGUUGCAAUUUAUUUAUGUUUCUUUUAUUCUCAAUUUCAUUAAGGUUUGUCAGGAAUUAUAGCUAGUUUUUUUUAAUUACAUAUGUCUCUCUUUCCCCCUAGGUAAGUACUCAAUGCCUUUUUAGUAUCUUUCUGUACCUCUUUGCUCGUAGUAGGCAGACAAUAAAUAUUGAACUAAAUUCCUUAUGGAAGAAAUCAGUCACAUGAUUAAUGAGUCUUAGUUUUUAUGAAUCUUGUGUUAUGCAUGGAUUUAUUUAUUCCUUUAGUUAAUACAUAUUUAAGAGUACCAGAUAUAUGCCAUGUGUUGUUCCAAGUGCUACAGAUGCAGAGAUAAUAAAUUGGUCAAAGUCUUUGCCCUCAUGGGACUACAUUCUAAGGUAGGAAGAUGGCCACAGAAUGGGAUAAUUUAAGCCUAGUAUAAUGAAGCAUUAAGAUAGAGGCAUGCAUAGAGUACUGUGGGAUUUAAUAGAAGAAUGCAACGUGGGAUUAAAAAAAAUCUUCCUGGAAAAGAUAACCCCUGAGUUAGGUCUUAAAGAACAAAUACACAUUAGACUCCCAUCAAACUUGAGGACACAUGUUCUUUCCAAGAACGAAAUGUAAAAUAGUGGUUUCUAAACUGUAAUAUCCUUAAGAAUUAUUUUGAAAUUUUAGCUUACGCCUGUAACCCCAACACUUUGGGAGGCUGAGGUAGGUGGAUUACUUGAGCUCAGGAGUUUAAGACCAGCCUGGGCAACAUAGCAUAACCCCAUCUCUACCAACAAUGUAAAAAGCUGAGUGUGGUGGUGUCGGUGGUCCCAGCUACUCGGGAGGCUUAGGUAGGAGAAUCACAGGAGCCUGAGAAGUCAAGGUUGCAUUGAUCCAAGAUAGCGCCACUGCACUCCAGCCUGGGUGACAGAGCAAGACCUUGCAGAAAAGAAGGAAGGAAGGAGGGAGAGAGGAAGGAAAGAAGGAGAAGGGAAGGAAGGGAGGAAAAUUUAACUUGUAUUCCAAAACUCUACCUCCAGAGAUUCUACUUCAUUUGGUCUGGAAGGGACCUCAAUAUUCUACAUUUUAUUAAGCUCUCCAGAAAAUUCUGUCUGAGAUCUGUUGAUAGAGAAAUUAAGUGUAUUACAUAGCAUUAUUCAUGAAAUGUUUCAGUGCCUGUAGAUCAGACCUUCCAAGUGUAACAGUGAUAGUAAGAGAGAGAUUAAGACUAGGAUUAAUGUUGCUGAUCUUUUCCUCAUGCUUCCGUAAAAAGGAAGAUAUUUAAUGAAAGAAAUUAAUAUUUAAUGAGUUUCUGUACAUUCACAUUCAACAUACAUUUUCAAAGUGUUUCUUGGUAUAAUAAAUAAAUAUGUUGAUUUUAUGAUUUCUGAAAAUUCCAUUGUUUAAAUAUUCUAAGUUACCUUUAGAAUGCUAGAUAAAAAGCAGAGUGUCUGGGGAGGUAUUUAUCUAGUAAUUUCCCUAUCGGUAUCGUAAAUGAAAUAAGACUGACCUUUGAGCAAAUGUAGAGUAGCAGCCAUAGGUGCUGGCGUUUUUGCAUUGUAGUAUACAGUAAAAUUUUUUGCUUCCCUUUAUCAUCAUCUAAAUGGCUUCAUUGUCAUCAUACUGGUGAGAGGAAGUGUGUCCCGGAUUCUUCUCUAACAGCAGUGUUUCUGUGACUGCUGCUCUGAACUAGUUCCUUGGUCGUUUUGUUCUUAGGAUCCUUUAUUUCAAAUAGCAAGUUAAUGCAGCAGCCUCAGGACCUUCUCUUUCUCUCAGAUUAAAUGCUGUGAAGAAGGUACAUCUGAGUUUCCAUUUCCCCUCAUUUCAAAUGUAGCCAUAUUUCCUUCUCUGAUGUCGUAUUUUGUAUGAACACAUUUUACAUUUUGAAGUUUUCUUUUCCCCCACAGAGAUCUGUAGUUACCCAAUGAAAAAUGAGUUUAUUUGAAUAUGUGAAACAAUGUUGUCAUGGACUUAGGCUGUUUUGUGACUGCUGAUGAAUCACUGUGUGAUCAGGUGAUAGCUUGAGCCCUGGUUAAUAUAAUCUUAGGGAAAUACAGCUUGAUAGACUGGAAUUAGUAGUUUAUUAUCAAAAAAUGAAUGUAAAAAUAUUGCUCUUUUCUCUCCCUGUUUAGUAUGUGCCUUUAAAAAAAUAUUCCCUCUUUCCUCCUCCCUGCCUUUUUUCCUGCUCUUAUUAUAUACUCAAACCAGAUACCAGAGUUAGUGCACCAAAGCUGAAUAAUAUCUACCAAAAAGUGAUACCCUGACUUUUUUCUCUUAACCACCUGGACUAGACAGUAGGCAGGACCAGAUAGGCUUUCUUGGGAACUACAGAAAGAGCAAAGUGUAAUACUCUAAUCACAGCAUGUUUGCUGUUGCUGUUUCAGUGGUGGUGAUGCUGGGGGUGGUCAUGUAUUUGAAUAGUGUGAAGUACCCUAAAAUUCUGUUGUAUGGGCUGGGAGCAGGAAGGAAACUGCUUAUUAAUCUAACAAAAGUUUGGCAUAAUUUUGUUAUAAAAUUUCAACAGCUUAUAACAGAAAAUUUCUAAUUAAUUAUAAGAACCAAGUCACUGCUGCGGCAAUAAUUGUGCAAGAUGUUUGACAUUAUUUCUGUGUCACUGUCAUAGUCUGUAUUAUAAAUUGUCUUAUUAGGAUUCUUCUUCACCCUCUUCUUUAUUAUUCUGACUAUCAGUAAAUCCAGUUUGUACUGUUAGACAUUUGAGUUUGUCUUUUAAGUAUUCAAGACUAUUUUAAAAAGAAAAACCUUAGCAUCUUUCUGUUUAUUACAUUAACAUGUGAUCUCUUACCUGACAAUGUGUUUAAAAUGAAUUAAUAGAUAAAAUAUAACACUCUAUUAUAUACUGAAAAAAUAAUUUUUCAAAAUUUGUGUAUUCAGAUAUUGCUCGCAGUUCAUAUUAAAUAUGACUAUUUUGUUUAAUGAGAAAAUAGGAACUUUUCCUUAUCUCUGAGACUUACUGCUUCUCUUUGCCAUUCACAUCUGGUUGAAGGUGGAUGGUUCUGAACUUCUUAACGUCACUUCAUCUGUCAGUUUCUAGGUGUGCUAACCUCCUCCUGAUGGUUUAAUUUUCAGUAAUGAUCAAACCGUUUACCUCAGGGGUUGAUCCUCCUAGUGAUUCCUGUUCAUAACCCCGUUAAUGUGGAUGGAAGUAAUCCGUAAGCACCAGUAGGAGAAAAGGCCCAUAGAGGAUCAGUAUCCUAGAACCCUGCAAUUCCAACUUGUGCAAGUGAGGAUCUGAGAUCAGUAUGUCGUAUUCUCCCAUUUCAGUCUCAUCCCUUCUCCCUCUAGCUUGCACAUUCUUUUUAUUUUUAAUUUGCGAGAAGCCUUCUUUCUUUCAAAGACCUAGUUUUUAAAAUUUCACAGUCGCUUUAACCAGGCAAUUUCAAAAAAUAGAAAACUGAAGUAAAUACUAUAGAGUCUAAGAGGUUUGGGGACUUUUUUGUUUGGAGUUUUUUUUUUUUUUUAGUGCAGAGAGUGGGGAGGAGGAAAAGGGAGGAAUCGUGCUUGUUUUGGUUUUGGGAAGUCUUCUUGGGAAAAUAUUGAGAAUAUUUAUAGUAUUCUGUAAUUAUGUGACACUUGUUAUGUGAGGGGAGACCAGAGUAGCUGUUGCACAUAAAUUGACACUCUUACUAUUUAAGCACAUUUCAACAGUUGUUUGAAACACAGCUAGAAAUCAAUGGUGAGACUUCUAACAGCAUUUUGAUAUUAUAAAUAUUACUUUAAGAUUAUCAAGUGAAAAAUUGCAGGAGUAGCUUGCAUUACAGAAUUAAUUAACUUUUUAUGUUUCUGCAUAAUUUUAUUGAGAUUGCUUUUGUUUUUGUGGUGAAAAUAAUAUAGCGGCAACAAUUUUGAGGAAUCUUUAAAGCUGUUUGGAAGAGAUGGCUAAACUUUGGCUAGAUUUUUACUAGAAUUUUGAAAUAAGAAAGUAUAUAAAUAUGUUUUCAGUUAAAUUAGUCCUGAGGAAGAAUAGUUACAUGAGUUUUAAGGAUCUUGAUAAAUGUUGGGAUCUAUUCUAAAACUCAUGAGGUUCCUCACUGAUCAAUACUCUUGCAUUGUAUUUUAUUUCUCAAAAUAAUGAAAUUUUUAUGGAAAACCUCAAUUAGUGGAAUCUUGUAUUCAGUAUUUCCUUUCUCUUCUUUCUUCCUUCUUUCUUUUCUUCCUUUCUACCUCCCCUGCCUCCCUCCUUCUUUCCUACUUCUUUUAUUUUUUCAGGCAAGAAGCUUCCUUAAUAAUAUAAUUUCUACAGAGCUUUCUUACUUAUUUUUCUAAUAAUGGAUAUAACCGUGUGAUAAAGUUUAAAUGCUCCAUGAGCAAAACUCUUAUCAAACAACUGAAGAAAUACACUGCUGAUUAACCUUUUCCUUGGUCUUGAAUUGUCUCCAGCAUAUUUGCCAGUGACUCUAAACCAUUAAUGGAUCUUAUUAAUAUAAACAAGUGUCUGUGUGGUUGUCAACAGUGUGGUAUUGUUGUCACAUUUAUUUACAUUUUCGGUCAAAAAUAUAAACAGAUGCGUGUGUGAAGCAGUCUGUUUUAUAGAGUGAGCAUAUAUCUAUUCAUUUUCAUGUUAUUGAAAAUGUGCUGUGUGUUGCAUUUUAUUCUCAUAUCAACUUUUCUACUAUCUAUACACCGAUUGUCUCGGUGCCUUUUUCCUUUUGUAUAAUUGUAUUACACACAGAAAUUGCUGACCUCUGUGAAAACAGUGUAAAAAAAUGUUAAAAUUAUUAUUCCAAUGCGAUUUUAAUGGCAAUUUAAUUUUCCAGAGAAUAAAUUUUGUGUGGGUUAAAAGUUACUUUUCUUCACCUUUAUGUAAGAAAUCUGUUCACAUUUUAGUACUCACAUGGAAGGGGUGAACAUCUGACUUCAUUGAUAAUGAUGCAUAAGCAUCAGUCCUAAUUCUUGUCAUUGACAAAUAAAUGUUAAUAUGACGGUUACCCAAAUUAAAAUAAUGUCAAUUACAUAAGGAAAUAUGGAAUGGAUAUAUAUUAAAUGUUAUUCAGAUCUUGGGUUUGAAAGGGAUCUCAUCUAAAUGUGCUAUAAAAUAUUGCUCUCAAAA